GUCGAUAUUUUACCUGUCCGCAUGCUAUAUGCUUAUUUCACUACCACCGUUGAGCCGAGCGAUCCUUCCGUACGAAUUAAUCGUUUGCGACCGGUUACCAACCGGCCAGACUUUCCUGAUUGUCGGUGCACUGGACAACACGCCGUGCGUCUUAUCAUUCAUAAUCAACUACUACUUUUCGGUGGCCAGUAGCCUGUGGUGGCUUAUGCUUACUUUCACUUGGUACCUGUCAGCAGCACGGAAAUGGGUACCCGAGGGCAUCGAUGCUUGGAGCAGCUAUCUUCAUCUGGUUGCUUGGGCGCUUCCAGCCGUUCUUACUAUCGCCGUACUCACAACUCAUAAGGUGGAUGCAAAUGAGCUAACUGGUUUGUGUUCUGUGGGCAAUGCUGAUCCCUGGACUUUGCUUGGAUUCGUCAUUAUCCCGAAGCUAGUGUUCGUGGUUGUUGGAAGUUGUUUGAUUGUGGCCGGCUUCUCGAGUAUGUGUCGCGAACGUGAUUCGUUCAGGAGGCGGGGAACGGAUACGUCGAAAUUGGAGAAGCUUAUGGUGAAGAUGGGCAUAUUCAGUGCACUGUACAUAAUCCCAGCGAUAACGAUGAUCAUCUGUGAUGGCUACCAUAUGUUUAUGCUAAUGCAAUGGCAUCCAGCAACUAUCGCUUGCAAACUGCACGGCGGAAUCGAACGGGGC